AUGAAUAGCCAAAGGAAGCAUUUGUGGCAUGUUAUAUUUUAUUGCUUUAAAGAGGGUGAUAGUGAAAAUGAUACUGCAGAUAUUUGUAUUGUUUAUAGGAACGGUGCUAUAACUAUUACGACCAUCCAUAAUUGGUUUAAGAGAUAUAAAGCUGGCAAUUUUGACUUAAAAAAUGAAAGAACCUACGGCCGCUCAGCAAUGACAAAUACGGAUCUUAUCAAGGCCAUGCUCGCUGAAAAUCCGCGAUAUAGUGUGCAAGAGAUAGUGGAUGCCAUUAACAUUUCCAGGAAAACGGUAGAUAAUCACGUAACCACAGCUAUUGAUGAAAACCGACUUUAUGAAAUAAAGUCUCUAUGUGCAAUUUCCUUCUUCAGAGACAUGAAAGAGAUAAAAUAUUGCAAUCAACUUGAUAAAUUGAAAACCGCCAUAGUAGAAAAAUGGCCAGAAUUGGCAAAUCGACGAGAUCACGACAAUACAAAACCACCUAUUGAGU